AUGCCGACAACAACACUUCACUUCGAUGCCAUUCUUUUUGAUAUGGAUGGCACCCUUGUCGACUCGACUGCAGGCGUCCUCGGUGCAUGGGAGAUCUUUUCGAAAACGUACCCCGGCUUCCAUGUUCCUGACAUAUUGAGUUCUGCUCACGGUGUCCGCACUGUAGAGAACCUUCGCAGAUUUUGUGGUAUAGAAGAUCCUGAGGAACUCGAGCGAGAGGCCGCGCGUUUUGAAGGAGCAAUCGUUUCCUCAUCGAAGGACAAUGGGGGGCAGGGAAUUAUACUUCUCCCAGGUGUUCGUGAAAUAAUUGACGAGCUCGCACCAGGAGCAAAAUACCCGACACCAUGCUGGACCAUAUGCACGUCCGCGACGUCUGUUUAUGCUGGUAAGGCAUUGGCAUUUGUCGGGAUCGAGAUCCCUGACGCCAUUGUCUACGCUGAGGACGUCAAGCAAGGAAAGCCACAACCGGAUCCUUACCUUCUCGGAGCCAAACGGUGUGGCGUAGACCCUAAGAAUUGUCUGUGCCUCGUUGUCGAAGAUGCACCAGCUGGUGUACGGAGUGGUCAGGCCGCAGGUUGCAAGACCCUCGGCUUGAUUACUUCUCAUACCCGUGAACAGAUGCUCGCAGUGAACCCAGAUUUCCUGGUCGAUAACCUGGCAAGCGUCACUAUGAAGCGCGCAGAAAAGGGCGUGAUUGUGACGAUUACCACUUCAUAG